AGUCACCCUCUCCAGUGCAUCUCUGUGCCUUUGAAAAACUGCAGCAGCAUGGGAAAACUAUUGUUGGCCGUCGUCCUUGUGACGUUGGGGACUGGAGCGAUUGCCUGGCCGUAUGGAGAGGUUAAGGUUAGAGGCGUUAAUGUCGGCUCUUGGCUCCUUUUGGAAAAGUGGAUUACUCCAAACGUCUUUGACGGUUUGCCUGAUUGGGUCAAUGACGAGUAUCAAUUGUGCGAGUAUCUGGGUUAUGAUGCCGCCCUGCAAAGGCUCCGUUCCCAUUGGGAGACUUGGGUCGUCGAGGCUGAUUUUGCAAGCUGGGCGGCGGCUGGCCUUAACCACGUACGUCUUCCGAUUGGAUAUUGGGCCCUUGAUAUAAAGGCUGGCGAGCCUUGGGUUUCAGGCUCGUGGGAUUAUGUUAUCAAGGCUGCUGAAUGGUGCAAAAAGUACAAUUUGCAAUUGAUGGUUGAUUUACACGGUGCACCAGGGAGCCAGAACGGAAACGAUCAUUCGGGCCAUGCAGGAACUAUCGGAUUUUACUACAGCGACGAGAAUCUGCAACGUGCUACCAAUGUGCUUGGACGAAUUGCACAAUGGGCCAACGCCACAGAGUGGAGGCAAACGGUGUCCAUUAUCCAACUCCUCAACGAACCCGUGCUCUGGGACGACUACAACUACAGGCUUCAGCGACUCAAGGAUUUCUACAGGAUGGCGUAUGACGAGGUGCGAAGGUACAACGACGUCGCCGUCGUCGCCGUUCACGAUGCCUUCAUUGAUUUGAACAACUGGUACUAUUUGCGCGACGAUCCUCACUAUUUCUGGGUCAUGUUGGACACUCAUCUUUACCAAGUUUUUGGCGAUGGAUGGGGUGACAUGACUUGUGGACAGCAUGCCAACCAUCCCUGCUCGUAUCAUCAGAGAUUGGCCGAGGCAAAUCAAAAGUUGUGGACGGUUGUUGGCGAGUGGUCAGCAGCGACGCCUGGUCAAUUGAAUUGCCAAAAUCAAGCCUUUUUCACCAGACAACAGCUCGCUGCUUACGAGGUUGCAAGUGGAUGGUUUUUCUGGUCACAUAAUCACGCCCAAGGAUGGCGAGAAUGGAGUUUUAAGCACUCAAUGGAAUCGGGCUGGAUAAAUCCUUCGGGACCAAAUUUGCCCCAAUGCUAAAUAUGCAUGCAAGAAAUUGCAUACUUUUUGCAAAAAAAUAAAUUAUUCGUACAAUACAUUCGGUGCAUUCGUAAUAAAGUCACACUUUUAUUCUUAAUACCAUUAA